UAUUUUAUUGUUUCAAAUAGCCCUCAUUGUUAAAGUUCCUCUUAUGGCGAUAUGAUUCUUUUUAUACCAUUGCAAAUAAAUCUGGGCAUAAAAAAAAGAAACGGUGUAAGUGGGUAAAGGUCAUGGCUUCGAGUUAAGAAUCUCGAAAGGGAAGAAAACAAAAUGUUGGUUUUGUUUGAUAUCGCUCCAGUUCUCCGCAGGCCAUAUUAUCACCAACAAAUUGGCUCUUUUUUUGUUGACGGAAGUGCUCCAGCUGGCUGCUGGAAGCCCCAUCGGCAAAUUUUAGACAUUUUAUUACCUUUCAAGUCCCGUGGCUUUUUUACCUUCUCUGGUGCGUUUUUGUUCGCAUGCCGCGCAAGUUUCGACUUGAUCGGACACAUUUUUUUGGGUCCAGACCACAUCGGGUGGAGAAACGUGAUGCAUUUGCUAUUUUAACGUUUCCUGCAACUUUGGCGACGUGUCACGGCGAGCGCGGAAGCCUUCUCGAGCUCGAAUGGUGCAUUAAGGAGAGAUGAAGGUGCGCGAUGGCUGCGUUCUUUUCGUCCCUCGGCCGCUUGAUAGCCUUCCUACGUCGGCUGCGAGUGGGCGGGACUUAUCCCCUUUGUGAGCUUCCGAUUGGCCGCCCGGCGCGCACGCUAGAACGAGGGGUGCUUCUAAUCAUAUCAAGCAUGUUUUGCACAAGAAAUGUCAGACAGAGGGGGCUACCUUCUCCCUUCGCCAAAAUACUCGACAAUAAUGUCAUGUUCGGACAGUCCAUCAGGAAAUGCCUUCUUAGUGGAUUCUCUGAUCACCGGCAGGGCUGAGAACUGCGGAGGUCAUUACACGGGAAGCGCCGCCGUGUGCGUGCCUCAAGGCGCCGCCACCGCCGCCGCCGAAGUGCCUUACGGACUACACAACUAUGGAUACUUCGCAGGUAACCCCAAGCGGGCUGACGCGGGACCCCCGAAUCCGGGCGCCUACCUGUCCGGUAUGGAGAUGUGGAUGGACGCGCAGCGGUCGUGUCGCGUGGACCAAGAGCGCUCGGUGGGUCCUCAGGUAACGCCCUGCUCCUUCCCGCAGAACAUUAAGGAAGAGAGCACCUACUGUCUCUAUGAGCAGUCCAAAUGCCCCAAAGCUUCCGGUGCCGAAGACCCGACUUAUUCAAGGUUAGCCCCCGCUGGCUCGGUGAACGAUGGCGGCGGAGGCGGCACCGUUCCCAUGCCGUGCUAUUUCCGCUUGUCUCAGACCCACGCACAACCUCAUAAACUUUACAACGCCGACGGCCCACAGCCUCCCUACUCUCAUUUGGGCCCCCACUCCGGCCCCCCUGCUCGCUUCCACUCGCCGGCGACCUCCACGCGAGCUCCGAGCGCCCCGCAAGAAGGGAGCGGGGACCACGAGGAGUCCGUGUCCGCGGGGAACUUGGACCGGCAACCUCACGCCGCAGCCGGGAAUGAAGAUCCACGCGAGUCCACGGAUGCGGAAGACUCCUCCGCCGAGGAGACCGACGAGCAGGACAAGGAGAAGCCGGAGAAGGGCACCAAAGGCGACAAGAAAAAUGACAACGCGGCUAACUGGCUGACGGCAAAGAGCGGCCGGAAGAAGCGUUGCCCGUACACCAAGCAUCAAACUCUGGAGCUCGAAAAAGAGUUCCUGUUCAACAUGUACCUGACUCGAGAGCGCCGCCUGGAGAUCAGUAAAAGCGUGCACCUGACUGACAGACAGGUCAAAAUUUGGUUCCAGAACCGCCGAAUGAAAUUGAAGAAAAUGACCCGGGAAAACAGGAUCCGAGAGCUCACGUCCAACUACGGAUUUUCGUGAUGAACGAGGUGAAAACAAACUUAAAAAAAACACAUGCAAAGGGAAGUAUUAUUAUUAUUAUUAGUCAAAUGACU